AUAUGCAUGUAUAUGCAGCUAUAAAAAAAUCACUACAAAUAACCAUGAGUCAGUGACGUGGCUGCGCACUGAUUACACUACAUGCAUACGCAUGGGAACUACACACAAAUACGCGUCUGUAUGUAUGUUUGUAUAUGAACGAUUUUCAACGCUCUAACAUCGGGGAAGUACCUAUAACGAUUGAGGGUUCAAUUACUGUGAUCGCGUAUUCAGUAUUCCACGAUUGGUCAGUGUCGUUUGGACUCGGCAGCUAAACAGUCGCUACUAUUUAGUUGAGCUUCAACGCAAAACAAAAUUUAGCAACGUAAAUAAAUAAUUACCAAGGGACUUUACAUAUCGACUAUUGUCACGUGUAGUUCGUGAGCUCAUGGUUCGCGGAGCUGCAAAGAUGAUGAAUCAAUAUUUUGACUUGGAUCAGGGAAAAAAUGUAGUCCAUGUGAGUAAUGAUUGCUCCAGCACAAGCGGCUACAGCAGUGCGAAUUCACCCACAUCGAUGACAUUAUCGCCGGCCCAUUCACCAGAAACUUUAGUGCUGCAAAAUGAGUUUGCUAAUCUUAAUUUACCCGCUACAACAAAUUCACCUUCACCACUACAACAGCUGCAGAGCUCACCAUACCAUGCUGCCGGUUCACAAAAUCAGCUGCUUGCAUCAAAUGGCAACCUCUGCAUGGACUUUGAGAGCGGCAGCAAUUUGCCUAAUGCAAACAGUAACGCAUCUUUUGGAAAUUUAAACAUGUACAUGUCAAUUGAUCAUCACUAUUUUGUCACGCCCACAUCAAAUCACCUGUCACAUGCAGAUGCUGCUGCUGACGGAGGGCUAUCGGUUAAAAAUGAAUAUCCAGCUAUACUGCAGAUUGCCGAGCAGCCGGUAGAAAAGUUUCGAUUUCGCUAUAAAAGCGAAAUGCACGGAACUCAUGGGUCGCUUAAUGGGAUCAAUUCGAAGCGAACCCCGAAAACUUUCCCCGAGGUGGAGCUGCGUAACUACAAGGGACCAGCUGUGAUACGAUGCAGUUUGUUCCAAACGAACCUGGAUAGCCCGCACUCGCAUCAGUUGGUGGUGCGCAAGGAUGACCGAGAUGUAUGCGAUCCCCACGAUUUGCACGUGUCACAGGAACGUGGCUAUGUGGCGCAGUUUAUUAACAUGGGCAUCAUACACACCGCCAAGAAGUACAUCUUCAACGAGUUGCUGAAAAAGAAACAGGACCGAUUGGUCUUCCAAAUGGGUCGACGCGAGCUUUCUACUAAGCAGGUGCAGGAACUGCACCAAGAGACAGAGCGAGAGGCAAAGGACAUGAAUUUAAAUCAAGUGCGUCUUUGCUUUGAGGCCUUUAAGAUCGAGAGCAACCAGACAUGGACACAGAUUGCGGCACCCGUGUACAGCAAUGCCAUUAAUAACCGCAAGUCGGCACAGACAGGCGAGCUGCGCAUUGUCCGCCUCAGCAAGCCGACUGGCGGUGUUAUGGGCAACGAUGAGCUAAUACUGCUCGUAGAAAAGGUCAGCAAAAAGAAUAUUAAGGUGCGAUUCUUUGAAGAGAACGAUGAUGGCGAAACAGUAUGGGAAGCGUACGCUAAGUUCCGUGAAUCCGAUGUGCAUCAUCAGUAUGCAAUUGUCUGCCAAACGCCCGCCUACAAGGACAAGGACGUUGAGCGCGAAGUGCCCGUGUCCAUUGAGUUGAUACGACCCUCUGACGAUGAGCGCUCUUUUCCGCCGCUACCGUUUCGUUACAAACCGCGGGAUGCGAUUGUGUCUCGUAAGCGGCGACGCACGUGCUCUACGCUAGCUAGCAGUAGCAGUAGCAGCGGUGGUAGCACACACAACUCAAUGGAGCUUCCUAAAACGGUGCCGCAACAAGUGCAGGGGCAUGAUCAAACGAUAAGUCAGGAAUUUGGACGUGAUUUUCACUUAGAUCAGUUGGUGAACUCAGAGUCGUUUCGUGAAAUGAUUGCCCAAAACUCAUCCGAGCUGGAAAAGCUAUGCGUGCCUGAUUUGGGUGCGCUGGAAACAGACGGGCAUGAGCACGCCGAUUCGGCUUCGACCCUCAACUUGGCAGUUAUGACUGUCGGCUCCAAUCGUAGCCUCACCAGCAUUUGUCUGAGUAAUAUAUUCAAAUUGUUUGACACCACGCGACGCUCUGGCAAUGAGUGCAAACUGAUUGAGUCCAUGGGCAGCAAAAUAGCGAAACUUUUUACGGAUCAUGCGGUCAGAAAUGAGAACAACGAUACCUUACUGCAUGAGGUCAUUAGCCAAAAAAAGGACAAUCUUAAGUUGGCCAUCAAGACGUUUCAAGUUAUGAAUUAUUUCAAGCUAAAGGAUCUGGCAAUGAAUGCGCUGAAUGCAGAUGGUGACAGCGGAUUACAUGUUGCCUGCCAGUACAACCGCGCCCACUACAUACGCCCGCUUUUAGCACUUGGCUGCAAUCCCAACCAGCAGAAUUAUACGGGAAACACCGCGCUGCACUUGGCCGUGAAGGAAGAGAGUUUGGACUGCAUUGACAGCUUCCUUAAUGGGCCCACCAUCAAGCUGGAUCUGUCGCUUAAAAGCGAUGACGGUCUGACGCCGUUGCACAUGGCGAUAAAGAGGAACAAAUACGAUGUAGCAAAGAAGCUGAUUAAUCAUGAUCGCAGUUCUAUUAACGUGGCCAACACAACGGACGGCAACAACGCCCUUCACAUGGCCGUACUGGAACAAAAUGUUGAGCUCUUGGUCUUGAUCCUUGAUGCCCAGAACUUGACUAACAUAUUGUUGGCUAGGAAUGCGGCGGGAUACACGCCUUUGGAGUUGGCACGUGUCAAGGGAAAUGACCGCUGUGUGCGUUUGCUGGAAGAGGUCUAUCCUGAUAUGGGUGAAUGCGCGAUAGGAUGGAUACCGCUAAAUGUCAAGGAAGAGGUGGACUCUUCCUCUGCAGAAGAUGACGAUGAAAGCAAUGCUGAUACGCAGUCCUUGACCCAUAAGAUCGAGGGUGUUAAUAUGAUAUUAAAAACGGAGCACAUAGAAGAGCAUUAUGGGCAUGGCGUUGCUGAUCAAGAAGGGGAUGGUGGUGUAGAUAGCUCGGCGCAACUAGACCUGUUGCUCAGCAAUAAAAAAAAGUUCAUGGAAUUGGUUAAGUUACUCAAUCAUCCAAGUGCUACUGAUCCUCAGAAGCCCAAGUGGCAGGAGCUUGCACAUGAAUCUAACAUGGAUCAGCUUGUAUUCCUCUGGUCCAACGCCGAGGGCAUGCUCAACUAUAUACAUCACAAGUCAAGUGUUUCCGAGUACAGAUCAUUUUCACAAUCACUUCAAGCUCUCGGAAUAUUAAAUGCGGAGGAUUAGAUUAAUCUAAUUUUAAUUGCUAUGCUAAUAAUAUCUUCACUUUAUAUACGUAUUUACAUAUAUCAUAUAUGUGUCUAAUAAUG